GCAAAACUCCAGCUACUGUAGACGAAAGUCUAUUGAAAAUGUGGAGACAGUUCAGCUUUAUGUGGAUGGUUCUGAUUGGAAUCCAUGUAGCAAAAGUCAACUCGUGUGAAGAAGAUGAACUAGAAUGCGAAAGAUCAGAACAAUGCUACCCAAAGGGUUAUAAAUGUGAUGGGCAUGCAGACUGUUGGGAUGGAACUGAUGAAUGUGGAUGUGACGGAUAUGUUUGUCCAGAUAACCGACUGAAAUGCCCAGAUGAUGUUUGUGGAACGGAAGAUGGUAAAUUGUGUGAUGGUCAUAGGGAUUGUCCACGCAACAAAGACGAAGAAGAUUGCGAUGCAUGUGUUGACGAUGCUUUUCUCUGCGCAGAGGAAAAAAAAUGUAUCCCUGGUGAUUGGCAUUGCGAUGGAUAUAAUGAUUGCAAUGGAGAGGAUGAAAAGGACUGUACGGAAUGUAACGGUGGUGCAUUUAUGUGUACAGCAGAUAGUAAAUGUGUUAGGUCGAGCUGGGUAUGCGACUCAUAUCCGGACUGCAGUGACGGCAUGGAUGACAUCGGAUGUCCGGAUGAUGGGUGUGGUAAUGAUGAAUUUGCAUGUUUCCUUCCUCCUCCAAGUUACCCGGAUUGUGUUUCCAAGGACAAAAUAAACGAUGGCACUAAUGAUUGUGGAGACUGCUCUGAUGAGGCGUAUGAUGAAUCUUGUGUGCCUGGGGGACCACCAGGACCACCAGGACCACCAGGACCACCAGGACCACCGACACCACCUGGAGAACGAAGUUUACUAAAAGCUGGCCGCCGUGGACAAAGAAAGAAGAACGACGAAGAUAGAGUGAACACCAUAGCCCGCGGCCAUAAAAAUAUUGAUGCACAUAGGCAAAUUCUGAGAAGAGGAAAAUCUCAUUUGAAGGACAACUUGCGAGAAUAUCUAUUACGCAGUAAGACUGAUGAUAGACUAGCUAACCGAAUACUUGGCCGUAGAGACAGAGAAGAAAGAAGAAGGGACAAGAAGUGAAAAUGACUAUCUUAUCUAGACUUUAAUUGCAUUUCUUCACAUACUGGUCUUUUUUCAUUUUUUAUGUAUUUUUAUUAUAACAUUAUUGCAUAGAUUAGGGCAAUAUUGUGUAUAGUUUAUUUAGGAUCACAUGUCGCUAAACAUUAGAAAAACCCGCUCCUUGAACUUUGAUCACAGAAAAUGUUCCUGUGUUCUAAAUCUCAGAUUCAUUACUUCCUACGCAUCACUGUAAUGUGUAUAACAUAUUCAACUUUUAGCAAUAAAUUACAUGCAGCAAAUA